AUGUCUGGUGCAGAAACUUCGCUUGUGGAUGUGCAAGCUUCCAGCGUGAUAUCAAUCAUUGAUGCGACUCUGGACUAUUACCUCCACAUGAAAGAUAAAAAAGACCUCCCCGAGGCGUUCCAUAGCGUGGCCAGGGUCCUGUCCACUGUGCGCGACAUUCUCGGAGCGUUCAGGGAACAGAUCAAUCGGCCCCCGGGCAUUGGCAUUGCAAAAAGCCAGUCCGCCAUCAUCACCUUCGACAAUGAAGCAAUCUGGCUUCGGGAAAUGUUUCAUAUAGUGGCCCGGUCGGGCGAGGAACCGUGUGCAGAGUACUUAAAAGCCGCCCUCACCGUUAGCAAAGGAGUGCCCGUCGAGUCAAUGAUGAAGAAAAUACUUGAGGGUGUGCAGCUACUGGUGGACGACCACCUGGUUGAUAUGGCCUCUGAUAAGCAAACCAAGGCUCUCGCCAAGGCGCUGGAAGAGAUAUCUACUAUUCCCCCUUCGAUCCCAGAGGACAUAUAUUCACAGAAUGGCAACCACAACAGUCGAUGCAUAUUCAAUGCCGUUGGAGGCACGAAUUACUAUAAUUUUGGCGGAGGCAAUCAUGUCAUCUUGGGAAAAAACGCAUACUUUGGUGAUGAGAUCUUCAAAAAUAAACGAUGA